UGGGGGUUCCCGGAGGAGGAUUUGGUGGCGCGGCUGCCGGGGCAGCCCGUCGUCGGGUUCAGGCAGUUCGCCGGAUACGUCGACGUCGACGAGAAGGCCGGGAGGAGCCUCUUCUACUACUUCGCCGAGGCGGCGGAGGGCGCCGCCGCCAAGCCGCUCACCCUCUGGCUCAACGGAGGGGACUAUGAUGGCAGGAGGUGUUUCCUGAACUGGAAACAUAAAAAGAACUACAUCUGCUCUACACCUUCCAAGAAAAAAGAAAUCAAAAAUAAUUUUAACUUGCAUGUUGAUAUCCUUUUCACUAGUACUCCUACUACUUUGCAACUUGCAAAGGAGGAAUAGGGUAUCUUUGAGGUCACCAUGUGUCCUUGGACCCUUGCCUCAUUGGUGUCUGUGUGAUGUGGUCCUAGAGCAUUUAAAAAGAAGUGAUGCAUCAUUUGAUUUCCAUGUAGCAAAAGACUACCUAAAGAAAUGAUUUCCAUGUAGCAAAAGACUACCUAAAGUUUUAGGUAGCAUUUUUAGACCAGUUUUAGGUAUCAUUUGGUUUCAUCUCCAUCAUUCCAUGCACAAAAUGAAGUUAGGGGUGAAUUUUUUCCAUGGAACAAUACAUUGUCACAUAAUGAACUGUGAACAACUUUAAUGCUACAGAAUCAAAUGUGACUUGCUGAUUGCCAAUGUUUGCUGUAAGAUUAACUGAUUUAUAACCGCUGGCCAUGUUGUUAUCAGGUCCUGGAUGUUCUUCGGUUGGAGGUGGCGCGUUCACAGAGCUCGGCCCAUUUUAUCCGAGAGGAGAUGGCAGAGGCCUGAGAUUGAACAAGAAGUCUUGGAACAAAGUAUCCAAUCUUCUGUUUGUUGAAUCACCGGCUGGAGUUGGAUGGUCCUACUCCAACACUUCAUCAGAUUACAAUACUGGCGAUGCACAGACCGCUAAUGACAUGUACAAAUUUCUGUUGGGAUGGUACAAGAAGUUCCCUGAAUACAGGUCAAGAGGGCUACUUCUUAGUGGAGAGAGCUAUGCAGGGCAUUAUAUACCGCAACUCACCGAUGUACUUCUCACACAUAAUGAGAAAUCAAAUGGGUUCAAAUUCAACAUCAAGGGAGUAGCUAUCGGGAAUCCGCUUCUCAAGCUUGACAGAGAUGUCCCCGCAACAUAUGAGUAUUUCUGGUCCCAUGGCAUGAUCUCUGACGAAAUAUUUCUAUCAAUCAGCCACAGUUGUGAUUUUGAGGACUAUACCUUUAGCAACCCCCACAAUGAGAGCAAGUCAUGCAAUGAUGCCAUUGCAGAGGCAAACAGUAUAGUUGGGGAUUAUGUGAACAAUUACGAUGUUAUUCUUGAUGUGUGCUACCCAUCAAUUGUGAUGCAGGAGCUACGGCUGCGGAAAUAUGUGACUAAAAUGAGUGUAGGUGUGGAUGUUUGUAUGACUUACGAAAGGUAUUUCUAUUUCAACCUUCCAGAAGUGCAGCAAGCUCUUCAUGCUAACAGAACACAUUUGCCCUAUGGCUGGAGCAUGUGCAGCGAUGUGCUGAACUACAGCAAUAAGGAUGGCAACAUCAACAUCUUGCCAUUACUUCAGAGAAUUGUAGAGCACAAAAUACCAGUUUGGGUGUUCAGUGGAGAUCAAGACUCUGUGGUGCCCCUAUUGGGCUCCCGAACUCUUGUACGAGAGCUAGCUCAUGACAUGGGCUUGCAUGUCACAGUCCCAUACAGCAGCUGGUUCCGCAGAGGGCAGGUUGGAGGCUGGGUAACAGAGUAUGGUAAUAUUCUGACCUUUGCGACGGUGCGAGGAGCAUCUCACAUGGUGCCAUUUGCGCAGCCAGACCGAGCUCUCGGACUUUUUCAAUCAUUCGCACUUGGACGGAGACUCCCGAAUACAACCCACCCACCUAUUAACUAAGUGUACCUACGAAAGGAGCUGAAGAUACAAACAAAUAGUCUAGGAUUUUCAGUUUUGCUACAGAAGAUUAGUUCAUAAGGGUGUAUUAGAUGGUCAAAUACGAAUAUUUUAUCUAUUAGAGAGAACAGGGAAAUAAUACUAGAUUAAAUUCUUUAUUGUUCUCUAUCUGGAUUGUCAGAUUGCAUUCCUGGAAGUCUGGAACAUUGAGCAAUCUGUAUAACUAUGUCAUUUUAGGGGUUUUGGGGGCACACUGCAUUUUGCAACUGUACCUAUCUAUGUCUGAGGAAUUUCAUUAGUGCAAACUGAUGGAAAAAGUUGGCUCAUUGAAGAAGUUGCUGCCUAAAUUUUAGAAUGAA